UACAUUAUCAUUGUGUACAAAGUUAUAACAUACACAAUGAUAAUGUUAAUGUCUACAAAGCACAAAGUAAAAAAAAAAAGAAGUAAAAUACAAGUUGAAAAAAAAUGUUCACUGCUCAACCUAACGUUACGACUCAAGAAAAUUCAACGUUCAAUACGGAAUGUCAGCUGACACUUGCUAACUAUUUUCUGGUUUUCGGAUAUAUUGCUGUUAUUAUUAUUGGUGUGAUUGGAAACAUUUUAGUGGUUAUUAUUUUUCAAGUUGAUUUAAAAAAAAGACCAACUAUCGAUUUACUCAUUUUUUACCUCGCUAUUUUUGAUGGGUUAGGUUCAUUUUUCGGCCCUUUCGUAUUUUUAUACUGGACUUUAACAUGCCACAAACGAUGGGAUUUUGGAUGGUUUGGGUGUAAAACACUUCCAACAUUUAGUCGUGUUAUGACUAACAUAUCAACUGGUGUUAUACUUAUUAUGGCAGUUGAUAGAUGUCGCUCAAUUAUUUUUCCUUUUAAAAGACGUUUCCGAAAAUUAAUUAUACACAUGGCCAUCAUUAUAACAGUACUAAUAUCAGUUGUUUGGGAAUCGUAUUACAUAAGUUCUCUACAUAUUGACAUAUAUCAAACAUGCAAUACUGCUGCUGUCAAUAAUCAUUUUUACGCUUAUCCCCUCAUUACUUUGGUAGCAGCCAGGUCUAUAAUUUUUAUAUCAGUAUUUUCAAUGACAACAUUUGCUGUGUAUAUUAAGCUUCAUAAUUGUGAAAGACUGGUUUUUUUAAAAAACAACUUGCUCAAUGUCUGCAAUAAAAACAAAAUAGUUAUGAAAAUAUUGAUAAUGAUGGCAUCAGUGUUUAUUCUCUCUGUUGUACCGCGAGAUAUCUACGUUUUGUACUAUACAAUAUCUUGGCUUCCUGGUGAUGGAGGAAUAUAUGGAGAAAGUGUAAUAAACGUAAACCAUUGGCUUCGAUUACUUCAGACGAGCAAUGGGAUAUACAAUGUAUUUAUUUAUGGUAAAAUGCACGAUUAUUUUUGGAAAAGCUUACAAAGGAUGUUGAAUUGCCGAUUACAAUCGUCUCGGGAAUCUUUACUAACAUUGGAAAAAACCAGGCGAGUUACGGAAAGUCAAAACAUGAAAGAAACGGAAUUUGGCGGAAUGAUGAAGGUUACGCCAUUAUUAAGUAGUGCCAGUCAGAACAGCUUGAAAGUUCUAAUUUGAGCUACUUUUAUUAGACCGUAUAAACUUUUAGUCUCAAAAGAAAGUUUUAGACAAAACUAUUAUUAUCAGUGAUGCACAUUCAAGUUGCACAUCCAUGCGUCAAAUAAUGACAUAUACCUAUUUGUCAAUAGUUGAAUAUGUAUAUGUCAAAGAUUCGUUGUCUUGGAUGUGAUAAAAUACAAAGAAUCUUUUAUUAUUCUGUUUUUAAAAUUUUUUUAUUCAAAAUGUUGUCGGGAAGGGCAGUGUUAGUUGAGCAUUUUUACUAACAAGCUACUUAACUUAUUUCAGUUAUAUAAGUUGACCAAAGUUAACCAACAUACCCCAAAUAGUCUUGGUGACACAUCAGUUAGUUUUAUUAGUCCGCUCUCUCAUUAAUAAAAUGUUCUUACAGUUCUCUUAAUUAAAAAACGGUAAUACCAUUGUGGCGUAUUACGUUAAAAUUU